GACUUGAGCCGAAGUCGGCUGCUCAACCAACUGAGCCACCCAGGGGCCCCUAUCAGGCUUUGUCUUCCCCCCCCCCCUCCCCCCUUCACGCUUUGUCUUUAAAGCCCGGUGCCGGGGUCGCCUCCUGGGACCUCAGCAAUUUCCGCUUCUGCGCGUCCCGCGUUAACUCUAGUCCGCCGCGUGGGCGAGUGUCUAGAGCCCAGGACCCCGAGCGCAGGACGCCGAGCCGGGCGAUCGCACACUUCACUCCCCGGGAUCCACGGAAGCUGGGGAGCUCCUGCGGGACUCCAUUUCCCAGCGCGCCGCGCGGGGAUGCCUAGACGUUGCCGCGGAUAUCAAGCGGGGCUCCGCCCACGCGGGACGGGAACUGCGCUUCCCAGAAGCCGCCGCGCGUGCGUCCGCAGCGUGCACUGGGCCUAUGAGGACUUUCGGGGGCUGGACUUCCGGCGUCCCGGACUGUCACUUUGCUACCGGGCGUUGGGCCACACCGGUAUUGGUGAACUGGAGCGCCGCGAGCCCCCAGGCCGGUUUCUUAGAAGGUUUGGAGACCCGAGGCGAGGGCUGGGAGGAAGACCCGAGCGGUGGACCGUCUCGCGCACGCCCUGGUUGCGGGCGACGGUCGCGCCCCGAGCCUAGGCUUCUCCGUGAGGAGCCUGGGCCGCUCCGCGGGGCUGUGGGGCGGCGCCCCGAGUCACGUGCUGUCCGACCCCGGGACGGCGGGGGAGGCGGCGCCCUGAGCGACCCUGCCUUAGACGGCCCGGGAGGCUGAGACCAGGAGCCGGCGAGUCCGUGUUGUCCGUCUCUUUCUGCGAGUCCCCAAGUACAGGUUCUGAUGGCGACCGCGGCGCUGACAGACCGGGCCCAGGUGAGUAGAGGAAGCGUAAGGCUCCCAUCCGCCCGGAUCCCUCCUCGAAGGACCCGAUCCUCGACGCAGGGAGAGACUUUACCUGCACGUUUUGUGUCCCCUCUCGGUUCGUCCUAGGCCCCGGCGUUCAGGCCAGUGGAGCGUGCACGUGUGAGAUCCCCACUUCUGACAGCCAAGGGAGUGAGGUGUAGAAGGAAAUUCCAAGCAGAGGGUCCCGCACGUGCAAAAGCUGGGAGGGGAAACUGAGCCUAGGUGGUUCCGGAGCUGAGCUUCCUGACGGCCUGAUGGCCUUUGAGGAUGUGGCCGUGUACUUCUCCCAGGAGGAGUGGGAGCUCCUGGACGCAGCCCAGAGGGCCUUGUACUGCCAUGUGAUGUUAGAGAACUUCGCGCUUGUGUCCUCACUGGGACUCUCUGCCUCACGACCCCGGGUGGUCCUGCAGCUUGAGCGUGGCGAAGAGCCCUGGGUUCUCAGUGGGACAGUUGUGACACCAGCCAGGAAUGCUCAGAGAAAGCCCAGCCCUGGUCCCUGUCAUCUGGCAUAUGACAAGGUUGUUCCUGAAGCAGCUUUGCCAGUGACCUUCCAGAAUGGCUCCCUUCCAGCACCUACCUUCACAGGCACCUGCGAACGUGGGAAAAGCUCAGUGGGUUGGCAGGGCACCUCCCUCUCUCAGGAGAAAAAGUCCACAGGCGUGUCGGUAAUCUAUUGGGAAAGGCUCCUGCUGGGUCCUGGCAGCGGGGAAGCCAAUGUCAGUCUGCGGUUAACCUCUCCACUGAGGACUCCUGAGGAUAGCCUGCCUAGGGAGAAAGCCCUCAUGAACCGCCCCAUGCCAGACAAGCAGCUGAGGCCAUAUGGGGGCCAGAAGCCAUUUGGGCAGGAUGGCCCUGGAAGAGGCUGCCCCAAAAUUCCAGAAUUUGAGGCUAGUCUCACCUCUGGGGAAAGAGAAAAGGGUAGAACUAGCCUCAAGCCUCAUGGACUCCCUGCUAGCCAAGAACCCCCUACCUGGGAUCAGCUGGGCAAGGCCCUCCACACAGGCCCCAGCUUCCUCUCCGGGGAGAAGCCCUUCGAAUGCAGGGCGUGCACCAAAGUGUUUCUGAAGAGCUCUGACCUGCUCAAGCACCUGCGCACCCACACUGGAGAGCGGCCAUACGAAUGCUCUCAGUGUGGCAAGGCCUUCAGCCAGACAUCACACCUGACGCAGCACCAGCGCAUCCACAGCGGCGAGACACCCUAUGCGUGCCCGGCCUGUGGCAAGGCCUUCAGGCAUAGCUCCUCGCUGGUGCGGCACCAGCGCAUACACACCGCUGAGAAGUCCUUCCGCUGCAGCGAGUGCGGCAAGGCCUUCAGCCACGGCUCCAACCUCAGCCAGCACCGCAAGAUCCACGCAGGCGGGCGGCCCUACGCGUGUGCUCAGUGUGGCCGCCGUUUCUGCCGCAACUCGCACCUGAUCCAGCACGAGCGCACGCACACGGGUGAGAAGCCUUACACCUGUGCCCUUUGUGGUGCCGCCUUCAGCCAGGGUUCCUCCCUCUUCAAGCACCAGCGCGUGCACACGGGUGAGAAGCCCUUCGCCUGCACACAGUGUGGCCGCGCCUUCAGCCACAGCUCUAACCUCACGCAGCACCAGCUGCUGCACACUGGGGAGCGGCCCUUCCGCUGCGGGGACUGUGGCAAGGCUUUCGCCAAGGGCGCAGUGUUGCUCAGCCACCGACGCAUCCACACGGGUGAGAAGCCCUUUGUGUGCGCACACUGUGGUCGUGCCUUCCGCGAGCGCCCGGCCCUGUUCCACCACCAGAGGAUCCACACGGGAGAGAAGCCCCUGCGGCGACCUCGGCGUGGGGCAGGCCAGUGCCCCCAGGCCAGGCCUUCUUCAGGGGCACCAUCAGAGGGCACGCUGGGCAGAGUAGCUGGGCCCACUCCCACCUCAGGCCCACCGGCAGUUUCAAAGCCUGCUGACGCCUGAGCUCACAGCUCCAGCCUCCCCCAGGCUGUGGGAAAAUGCCCUUGUUCCCUGCACAUUCUGGAGAAGCCCUGUGCGUGCCCUGUGGUGCCAUCUGCACAUGGUGACGAUAUUUGCCAUUUCAGCACCAGCUCACUCCAACUCUAAGAGAUCCGACUACAGAAAGAUCAGGGGGAUGGACGUGGAGGCUGGGACUUUGGUGGGCAGAGACUGGGCAAUCAGAGUGCCGCUUCAUGCCUGUUAUGACUGUGAGCACUCAG